CAGGGGGGACAGGGUCGGUACCAACUGAGGGUGAAGAGGGAACCAGGGGAGGGGGCUGGGAGGAAACCCCCCGGGGAGCCUGAGCUGGGCCAAACUCCACCCCAGAAUGGGUUAAAAUCCACCCCAAAAUGGGUCAAACCCCACCAUGAAACAGGUCAAAAAUUCGGCCUAAAAUGGGUCAAGAUUUCACCCGGAAACGGGUCAAAAUUCACCCGGAAACGGGUCAAAAUCCAUCCCAAAAUGGGUCCAAACUUCACCCCAACACAGGUCAGAAAUUACUCCAAAUCCAUCCUGUAAUUGAUUAGAAUUCCAUGAGAAAUGGGUCCAAAAUUCCCUCCCGAAAUCAAUCCAAAUCCAUCUCAAAAUGGGUCAAAAUCCAUCCCGAGACCCCAAAUGGGAUGAAAAUCCCCAAAUCUACCCUGAAACGGGUCAAAAUCCACCUGGGAACAGCUCCAAAAUCCAUCCUUGAAACGAGUCCAAAAUCCAUCCUGAAGUGGGUGAAAAAUCCCCAAAUCCACCCUGAAACAGGUCAAAAUCCACCUGGGAACGAGCCAACCCCCCCCUGGAGGCAGCUCCAAAAUCCAUCCUUGAAACGAGUCCAAAAUCCACCUUUUUUCCCCCCCAAAAAAAAAACCCGCUGGAAUUUGCUCCGUGGGCUCGUUCCUUUCCCGGGUUAUCGAUCCCUUCCCGUCAUCAUCCAAAAAAAAGGCGCCAGAUUUUCCUGGGAUAAACCUGGGGGGGGGAAUCCGGUGGGAUCCGACAUUCCAGGUGAUCCCAGUCCCUUCCCGAGCGGUGCUCCCCAUCCCAGUGAUCCGACUGGGAGGGCUCCCCGCGCGUCGGGAAUGGCCCCGUCUCCCGUCCCGGAUCCGUUAUCCCGGUUUUCCCCUCGGGAAGGCGCCGCCAUGUCCCUGUGCCAGCGGGGGAUGAAGCGGAGCCCGGGCGAGGCCAAGGGCUGUUCCUUCCCGGCCGGGCCCGGGCUCAAGGUGUUCCUGCACUGGAGCGGGGAGGAGGAGCGGGAACGCUGCCGGGUUUAUUCCCAGGGAUCCCUCAGCGCCGAGGAAAUCUGCAUCGACCUCGCCCGCGGGAUCGGAAUCACCCCGUUGUGUUACAGCCUCUUCGCCCUCUACGACCCCCAGGGCCGGGUCUGGCUCCCCCCAAACCACCAAUUCCAGGUGGGAAAAGACACCAACGUCCACCUGAUCUUCAGGAUGAGGUACUAUUUCCGGAACUGGCACGGGAUGAACGACCAGGAGCCGGCGGUUUAUCGGAAUGUGCCUCGUCCGGGAGAUUCCCUGGAGGAAAAACCCUCUGGAGGAGCUUUGCUGGACAGAUCCUCCUUCGAGUACCUGUUUGAGCAGGGAAAAUUCGAAUUCAUCCACGACGUCGCCUCCCUGAGGGAUUUCCGGAGCGAGCCCGAAAUCCAGAGGUUCAAGAACGAAAGCCUGGGAAUGGCUGUGCUCCACCUCUCCCACAUUGCCAUAAAAAAGGGCAUUUCCCUGGAGGAAGUGGCCCGGAAGUACAGCUUCAAGGAGUGCCUCCCGCGCUCCUUCCAGCGGCAGAUCCAGCAGAACAGCUUCCUGACGCGCUUCCGGAUGCGCAACGUCUUCCGGCGCUUCCUGCGGCGCUUCCAGCGGCACACGGUGGGCGCCGGGAAGCUCUCGGCGCGGGACGUCAUGUCCAAGUACCUGGCCACGCUGGAGCUGCUGGCGCCGCGCUUCGGGAGCGAGCUCUUCCCGGCCCUUUCCCUGGAGACGGCGACCGAGGGGGACAAGGGGCCGCUCUGCUCCAACGGGGCCCCCCCGGAGCCGGGACGGCCCCUGAUCCCGCGGGAUCCCCCCGUCACUCACCACGUCCUGGUCUCCGGCACCGCCGGCAUCCAGUGGCGCCCGGCGCCUCCGGAGAGCGCGGAGCCCUUCUCCCAGCGCGGCCAUUUCGGGAGGAAGGGCCGGAACAAGGAGCCGGAUCCCAAGGCCCCGGCGCGGCCCCCGGAGCCGAACGAGCCCCCCUGGUGCCACUUCUGCGACUUCCGGGAGAUCACCCACGUGGUGCUGAAGGAAUCCCGGAUCAGCAUCCACCGGCAGGACAACGAGUGCCUGGAGGUGACUCUCCCCUCCCCCGGGAUCGCCCUGUCCCUGGUGUCGCUGGUGGACGGAUAUUUCCGGCUCACGGCCGAUUCCAGCCAUUACCUGUGCCACGAUGUGGCCCCACCCCGGCUCCUCCUGAGCAUCCGCAAUGGGAUCCACGGGCCCAUGCAGGAGGAGUUUGUUUUUGCCAAGCUCCGCCGGGAAGAGCCAGAGGAAGGGCUCUACAUCCUCCGCUGGAGCGUCCUGGAUUUCAACCGGAUGAUCCUCUCCGUGGUCAAGAGGAGCCACCAGCAGGCUCCCGGAACGCCGGGAGCCUUCAAGUUCCGGCAGUUCCGGAUCCAGAAGAAGGGAGACUCCUUCGUGCUGGAAGGCUGGGAUCGGGAAUUCCCCACCCUGCGGGAGCUGCUGGACGUGCUCAAGGGCUGCACCCUCCGCUCCGGGGAGGAAAACUUCACGGUGAAGAGGUGCUGCCCCCCCAGACCGGGAGAGAUCUCGGACCUGCUGAUCACCAGGAAGGUGAAGGACAACGGGAAGCAGAUCCUGAACCUCACCCAGCUCAGCUUCCACCAGAUCCGCAAGAACGAGAUCACCCAGCGAGCCCACCUGGGCCAGGGCACCCGGACCAACAUCUACGACGGGGUCCUGAGUGUCUGCGGGAAUUCCGGGAACGACGACGAGGCCGAGUACUUUUCCACGGAGCAGAACAACAACAGCCGGGAGAUGCACGUGAUCCUCAAAGUCCUGGAUCCCGGUCACAGGGACAUCGCCCUGGCCUUCUUCGAGGCCGCCAGCCUGAUGAGCCAAGUGUCCCACGUCCACCUGGCCUUCGUGCACGGGGUCUGCGUGCGCGGGUCCGAGAAUAUCAUGGUGGAGGAGUUUGUGGAGCACGGCCCCCUGGAUGUGCUGCUGCGGAAGGAGAAGGGCCGGAUCUCUGUGGGCUGGAAAAUCACCGUGGCCAAACAGCUGGGAAGUGCCUUGAGCUACCUGGAGGAUAAAAACCUGGUGCAUGGGAAUGUGUGUGCCAAGAACAUCCUGCUGGCCAGGAAAGGGCUGGAAGACGGAUCUGCUCCCUUUGUGAAGCUCAGCGAUCCCGGGAUCAGCUUCACGGUGCUCUCCCGGGAAGAGCGCGUGGACCGGAUUCCCUGGAUCGCCCCGGAAUGUGUCCGGGAUGUGGGAAACCUCAGCACGGCCGCCGACAAGUGGAGUUUUGGGACGACCCUCCUGGAAAUCUGCUUCGACGCCGACGUCCCGCUGAAGGAACGAACCCCUUCCGAGAAGGAGCGGUUCUACGAGAAGCGGCUGCGGCUCCCGGAGCCGUCGUGCCGGGAAUUGGCCUCGCUCAUCUCGCAGUGCCUGGAUUACACCCCCGGGGAACGACCCUCCUUCCGCACCAUCCUCAGGGAUCUCACCCGGCUCCAGCCCCACAACCUCGUGAACGUGACGUCGGUGAAUCCCGACUUCCCGGUGUUGGAUCCCACCGUCUUCCAGAAGCGCUACCUGAAGAAAAUCCGGGAGCUGGGGGAGGGGCACUUUGGGAAGGUGGGGCUCUACUGCUACGACCCCACCAACGACGGCACCGGGGAGAUGGUGGCCGUGAAAUCCCUGAAAUCCGGGAGCAGCCCCGAGCUCCUGAGCAGCUGGAAGAGGGAAAUCCAGAUCCUCAAGACCCUCUACCACGAGAACAUCGUCAAGUACAAGGGCUGCUGCAGCGAGCAGGGGGACAAGGUGGUGCAGCUGAUCAUGGAAUACGUCCCCCUCGGGAGCCUCCGGGAAUUCCUUCCCAAGCACCCCCUGAGCCUCUCCCACAUCCUGCUCUUCGCCCGCCAGAUCUGCGAGGGCAUGGCCUACCUGCAUUCCCUGCACUACAUCCACCGGGAUUUGGCCGCCAGGAACGUGCUGCUGGAGAACGAGCACGUGGUGAAGAUCGGGGACUUCGGGCUGGCCAAGGCCGUCCCCGAGGGCCACGAGUACUACCGGGUGCGGGAGGACGGGGACAGCCCCGUGUUCUGGUACGCCCCCGAGUGUCUCAAGGAGUCCAAGUUCUACUACGGGUCCGACGUGUGGUCCUUCGGGGUGACCCUCUACGAGCUCCUGACCCGCUGCGAGCCCGGGAACAGCCCCCCCGCGAAAUUCCUGGAGCUGAUCGGAGCCACCCAAGGGCAGAUGACGGUGCUGAGGUUGGUCGAGCUCCUGGAGAGAGGGAAGAGGCUCCCGAUCCCGAAGGAUUGUCCGUGUGAGAUUUACCGGCUGAUGAAGAACUGCUGGGAAGCAGAAGCUUCUUUCCGCCCCUCCUUCCACAACCUCAUCCCAAUCCUCAAGAACUUCCAGGAGAAAUACCGGGCUCAGGCCCCCUCUGUCUUCAACCUCUGCUGAGACCCCCCAGAAUCCCACGGACCGGGGGGAAAACACCCCCCAAAACUCCAUGGAUUGGGGGGAGACCCCCUCAAAAAAAAUGGAGAGUGGAAGGACACCCCUAAAAAUUCCAUGGAAGGGGAAGGACAUAAAAAAAAAUUCAUGGAUGAGGGGAAAGACACUCAACAAAUUCCAUGGACUGGGGAAGAACACCCCAAAAAAUGCCCUGGAUGGGGGAAAACACCCCCAAAAAAAUGCCAUGGAUUGAGAGAACACCCCAAAAAAUUCCAUGGAGAGGUGGAGACACCCUAAAAAUGCCAUGGAUGGGGGGGAAACACCCCCAAAAAUUCCAUGGACUGGGGGAAGGACACCCCAAACAUUCCAUGGAUUGAGGAAAGAGCCAAAAAAAUUCCAUGGAGGGGGAAACACCCCUGGGGGGGCCACACGGACUCUGGAUUCCUGUUUUCCCAGCAGGAUGAGGAAAUUCUGGGAUGUGGAGACAGAGCAGCACCGAGGAGGGGGGAAUCCUCCCCCUCAAAAAAUUCCAGAUGCUUCCCCCCCCAAAAUACCAAACACUGUGAAUGAGACUGUGGGGACGAGGAUUUCUGGGAGAAGGCCUUGGAUUUCUGGGUGUGAUU